CUCUUCUCUUGCGCCCAAUUCUCGCAGCCUUCGGAGAGCCAACCAACAUCAGUCUCGACGUUUUCCCGCGAGAGGUGUUUGCUAAUAUCUGGAGCGGGAAGGGGGGAACCUCAGGGUAAAGUAUACUUGUGCGACAGGGCUCCUAGCUUGAUACAUUUUGCCUGAGCAGUGCUGUCGGAGCCGGGAUUCUGCCCCGGGAGGCAAGAUGCUGAAGUCCAAGACUUUCUUAAAAAAGACACGCGCGGGGGGCGUGAUGAAGAUCGUGCGCGAGCACUACUUGCGGGACGACAUCGGCUGUGGUGCGCCGGGGUGCGCGGCGUGCCGCGGUGCGCACGAGGGGCCGGUCCUUGAGCCCCAGCCCUUGGACCCACCGAGCAGCCUUUGCCCGCAGCCUCACUAUUUGCUGCCUGACACUAACGUGCUGCUGCACCAGAUUGAUGUUCUUGAGGACCCUGCCAUCAGGAAUGUAAUUGUACUACAAACAGUUAUGCAAGAAGUGAGAAAUCGGAGUGCCCCAGUAUAUAAACGAAUCCGAGAUGUGACCAAUAACCAGGAGAAGCAUUUCUAUACAUUCACUAACGAGCACCAUAGAGAAACUUAUGUAGAACAAAAACAGGGAGAAAAUUCUAAUGAUAGGAAUGAUAGAGCCAUUAGAGUAGCAGCAAAAUGGUACAAUGAACAUUUGAAGAAAAUGUCAGCAGAGAAUCAGCUGCAAGUUAUCUUCAUAACAAAUGACAGGAAAAACAAAGAGAAAGCCAUAGAAGAAGGAAUACCAGCUUUUACUUGUGAAGAAUAUGUAAAGAGCCUAACUGCUAACCCUGAUCUCAUAGAUCGUCUUGCUUGUUUGUCUGAAGAAGGGAAUGAAAUAGAAAGUGGGAAAAUCAUAUUUUCAGAGCAUCUUCCCUUAAGUAAGCUACAACAAGGCAUAAAAUCUGGCAAAUACCUUCAAGGAACAUUUAGAGCCAGCAGGGAAAAUUACUUAGAAGCUACAGUAUGGGUUCAUGGAGAUGCUGAAGAAAACAAAGAGAUAAUCAUACAAGGGCUUAAAAAUUUAAACCGAGCUAUUCAUGAAGACAUUGUGGCCGUGGAGCUUCUCUCUAAGAAUCAGUGGGUAGCACCAUCGUCUGUGGUUUUACAUGAUGAAGGUCAAAAUGAAGAUGAUGUGGAGAAGGAAGAAGAAAGAGAACUCAUUGUAUUAAACCAACUUAGGACGGCUGUAAAUGAAAAAAUGUUAAAGCCUACAGGUAGAGUUGUAGGAAUAAUAAAAAGGAAUUGGAGACCGUAUUGUGGCAUGCUUUCCAAGUCUGAUAUUAAGGAGUCAAGAAGACAUCUCUUUACACCUGCUGAAAAGAGAAUUCCUCGAAUUCGGAUAGAAACCAGACAGGCUUCUGCAUUGGAAGGACGGAGAAUUAUCGUUGCUAUUGAUGGAUGGCCCAGAAAUUCCAGAUAUCCAAAUGGACACUUCGUGAAAAAUUUAGGUGAAGUUGGAGAUAAAGAGACUGAAACAGAAGUUUUGUUGCUUGAGCAUGAUGUUCCCCAUCAGCCUUUUUCACAGGCUGUUCUUAGCUUUCUACCAAAGAUGCCCUGGAGCAUUACUGAAGAGGACAUGAAAAACCGAGAAGACCUGAGACAUCUCUGUGUUUGUAGUGUGGACCCACCAGGAUGCACUGAUAUAGAUGAUGCUCUGCAUUGUAAAGAACUUGAAAAUGGAAAUUUGGAGGUUGGUGUUCAUAUUGCUGAUGUUAGCCAUUUUAUUAGACCAGGAAAUGCUUUGGAUCAAGAAUCAGCCAGAAGGGGAACAACUGUGUAUCUUUGUGAAAAGAGGAUUGACAUGGUUCCAGAAUUGCUUAGCUCUAACUUAUGUUCCUUAAGAUGUAACGUUGACAGGUUGGCAUUUUCAUGUAUUUGGGAAAUGAAUCACAAUGCUGAUAUCUUAAAAACGAGAUUUACAAAAAGUGUCAUUAAUUCAAAGGCUUCCCUUACAUAUGCUGAAGCUCAGAUGAGAAUUGAUUCAGCAACCAUGAAUGAUGAGAUUACCAUUAGUCUCCGUGGACUGAAUAAGCUAGCUAAAAUUUUGAAAAAACGAAGAAUUGAAAAAGGGGCUUUGUCUCUUUCUUCUCCAGAAGUUCGAUUUCAUAUGGACAGUGAAACUCAUGAUCCUAUAGAUCUACAGACCAAGGAGCUUAGAGAAACAAAUUCCAUGGUGGAAGAAUUUAUGUUACUUGCCAAUAUCUCUGUUGCAAAAAAAAUUCAUGAAGAAUUUUCUGAACAUGCUCUGCUUCGAAAACAUCCUGCUCCUCCUCCAUCAAAUUAUGAAAUUCUUGUUAAGGCAGCUAAAUCCAAGAAUUUGGAAAUUAAGACUGAUACAGCCAAGUCUUUGGCUGACUCUUUGGAUCAGGCCGAGUCUCCUAUCUUCCCGUAUCUGAAUACUCUGUUAAGAAUCUUAGCUACUCGGUGCAUGAUGCAAGCUGUGUACUUCUGCUCUGGGAUGGAUAAUGAUUUUCAUCACUAUGGCUUAGCAUCCCCGAUAUACACACAUUUCACUUCACCCAUCAGGAGAUAUGCGGACAUCAUUGUUCAUCGGUUGUUGGCUGCGGCUAUUGGGGCUGACUGUACUUAUCCAGAGUUGACAGACAAACACAAGCUUGCAGAUAUAUGUAAGAAUCUCAAUUUCCGGCACAAAAUGGCUCAAUAUGCCCAACGUGCAUCAGUGGCUUUUCAUACCCAGUUAUUUUUCAAAAGCAAAGGAAUAGUAAGUGAAGAAGCCUAUAUUCUUUUUGUGAAAAAAAAUGCUAUUGUGGUGUUAAUUCCGAAGUACGGUUUAGAAGGUACGGUUUUUUUUGAAGAAAAGGACAAACCAAAGCCACGGCUUAUUUAUGAUGAUGAGAAACCUUCACUUAAAAUAGAAGACACUGUGUUCCAUAUAUUUGAUAAAGUUAAAGUGAAAAUCAUGUUGGACUCAUCAAAUCUUCAGCAUCAGAAAAUUCGAAUGUCCCUGGUGGAACCACAGAUACCAGGAAUAAGUGUCCCCACUGAUACUUCAAACAUGGACAUUAAUGAACCAGAGAAAAAGAAGAAGAAGAUUGAAAAAUAGCUACAGUCAAGAAAAAAACCUCAAGGACUGGUUUCCUUAAAAAAACAAAACAAAAACCUUAAGAGGACAUUUUUAAACCUAAAGAGUGUGUGAAAGUUUAUUACUUUCUUAAGUGCAUUUUAAUAAUUUAAAAAAUUUGCAUUUUUUAAUUUUUUUAUAUUUUGAAUAUUCUAUUACAGUUGACCCAAUUUUUCCCCCUCUGCCCUCCCCUCCACCCAGCACUACCCACUCCGUCAGGCAGUCCCAACAUUGUUCAUGUCCAUGGGUCAUGUGUCUAGGUUCUUUGGCUGCCCCAUUUCCUGUA